AUGUCUCCCUCUAUAAAACAAACAUUGUUGCUGUCAACAGAUGUCGAUGAAUGCAGUGUGGGAUACAAUUUAUGCGGUGAGAAACAAGCCUGUUCUAAUGUGCUGGGAAAUUUUCAGUGCAAAUGUGCCCAAGGGUACUCUUAUGAUUCAGGUUCUGGAAGUUGCAAAGAUGUUGAUGAAUGUUCCAAUGCAAGGGAUGUUUGUCCAUAUCUGACAGAGUGUAUCAACACUGAUGGCUCAUUCAUUUGUGAUUGCAAUGAGCCAGGUUAUUUGGCAGAUGGAAACAACUGUGUUGAUAUUGAUGAAUGUGAGAUUGGAAGCCAUAGUUGUUUAGAGAAUUCAACUUGUGUCAAUGCCGCUGGCUCAUUUCGUUGUUUCUGUAAUAAAGGCUUCACUGGUGAUGGCUCAAAAGGAUGUUAUGAUAUCGACGAAUGCAGAAUAGAGGUGUGUGGUGAUUAUGAAUUUUGUGUCAACACUGAAGGCUCUUUCUCUUGUGUCUGUAAACAGGGAUUUAUUGCAAUGGGCGCCACAUGUAAAGAUGCAGAUGAAUGUGGAUCAGAUGAAGCAGCUUGUCUUCAUGACGCGGUGUGUGUUAAUCUUCCUGGUUCUUACGUCUGUCAGUGUAAACCAGGAUAUCACAUCAUUGAUAUUGCCUGCCACGAUAUCAAUGAAUGUCAGCAGGACCUAGCUGAGUGUGAUGAACAAGCUGCCUGUUACAACACCGAUGGAUCAUAUCUCUGUAUCUGUAACAAAGGUCUUUAUGGAGAUGGAUUUUACUGUUCAGGUAGGUUUUGCUUCUUGUUGAAUUACAGCGUUCUAACUCAUUCUAUAAUGUUUGAAUAUAAUUCAAAUUAGGCCCUGUCCUUGUCAGGACCUGUUAAAAGCUGAAAUAGGGACUUAAGGGGAAAAGUGAAGCCACAAACCAAAUUUGAGGCCCAGGAAUCCAUGCAAAUAGUGAAAAACGCGGGGUGACAUGUAUCUGACACCAAGAAAGGAAAAACCUGUAAUCGAUGGAAAAUGCGGGAAAACAAGUACCAUGAGAAAAGCGCGCGACAACAUGUCACGGAUCAUCACAGAUGGCGAAGGAGAGAAAUCAUGUCACCCGUGACAAGCGCGGGAAAACAUGCAACCGAUAAAUAGCGCGGGAAAACAUGCAACUGAUAAAUAGCGCGAGAAAACAUGCAGCCGAUAAAAAGAGCGGGAAAACAUGUAACCGAUCAAUAGCGUGUGGAGAAGCAGGAAAUACAACAGCGAUAGGAACUCGACUAUAUUUCACUUCGGUUCGACACCGUUGCAAACAUGGCGAUCAUGUUGAGCGAGUUUUUGAGCGGAAACGAAAAACGUGUUUAGUACUUUGCCGAGUAUUGAGGUAAGCAAUGACGAGACUAAAAUACAGUAACGACCGCUGACCGGAAAUAACUCGAAAUUAACAAAUAGCAGAUUAAACGAAUAGAAACGAAAUAAACGUUUAAAGUCACUGUUUAAACUAUUUCACAUAGCGCGAAAAAACAUGCAACCGAUAAAUAGCACAAGAAAACAUGCAACCGAUAAAAAGCGCGGGAAAACAUGCAACCGAUAAAUAGCGCAGGAAAACGUGUAACCGAUAAAUAACGCGGGAUUACAUGUAACCGAUAAAUAGCGCGAGAAAGCAUGUACCCGAUAAAUAGCGCGGGAAAAUAUGCAGCCGAUAAAUAGCGCGGGAAAACAUGCAACUGAUAAAUAGCGCGGGAAAACAUGCAACUGAUAAAUAGCGCGGGAAAACGUGUAACCGAUAAAUAAUGCGGGAAAAAGUGCAGCCGAUAAAUGACGCGGGAAAACAUGUAACCGAUAAAUAGCGCGAGAAAACAUGGAGCAUGAUAGUUUAUUGUGGUAUUAUUUUAAGUUCCAGUGAUGCAGAAAAUCUAACAAUGUGUA